GGGGCAGAGCUCUACUUCCCGAGGCCAGCUGAUGUCGAACCUAGUCUCUCACCGACAUCCACCCGAGCGUCAUCUCUUACAGAGCUCGUACAGCCACAGGGGAAGUGUCAGGGCAGUCCCUUGGGUGUCUUCGCUCCAUACAAUUGUGAUAUAUUUGUCUGUGCUAGGCGCUCUGUGAUAUUUAUCAAGACGGACGACAUGGAGAUCCUUCCUUGCCCCGUUUCUGCUACCUUUCCGGCCUUUGCCAGAGGCCUUAAGGAGGAGAUGGUAGCGGGUACUUGUGAGGUUGCUCUGGCGAGGCGACUGGAGACGGAGCUCCGGGCAGCCAAGUCUGCACAACUUAGCUGCGGCGAAGUCCUCCUGCCGGCCAAUCUCCUGCCUAGGAUAGCCUCUCAAGUCCUCAGCCUUGCCGAAGUGGAACCUUGCGGCCUGAGGGGAUGUACCCUCUACAUCGACUUCGCCGCCUCCGACGCCGAUGUACGGAGGAUAGCGGAGAUCAAGUGUGAUAACAACACCGUAUCCACCUUUGAACUCACCCUCACUCUCAAGCAAGACCCCAGGUCGUCUUCGUGGCAUAACAUCCUGCCGCAGUUCUUAAAAAAUCUAACAAAAGGCGGCACAAUAAUGAUCAGCCACGAGUUUGACAUCACCAAGAAGAAGCUGUACAGGUCUUACCUGGAGUGAGAGAGAGGGAGGGACAUGUUGGAGAGAGAAGAGCCGCCAAGACUGAAUAUCAUCUUGCUCCUAUUCCUGCACCAUACGGCAAUAUCAUGGCGUCUUUGAGAACACAAACACAAAGUAUUUAUCGUGUGUUAAGCCAGAGGAUACAUAAUAUACAUAUGUUUUUAUUUUAUACAAUCUAUAUACUAUAUAUUAAAAAAAAUCUAUUUAGUUUGUAGCGGUUAGAUGUAUAGGUUUUUUUAAUUUUUUUAUAUGUUUAGAAAUUUUUUUUAAUUGCUGUGUAUCUAUAUAGGUGGUUAAAUAACCCCUUCAUCAAGCUAGUGUGAUCAUUGGAAAGUGUUGAACAGAAUUAAUUAUUGGUGUAUAGGUUUGGUAGGUAAUGUUGUAGGACUGGGAUAACAAAUUUCUUUCGAGAAGCUGUGGCUGAAUCCAGUACAAUACUUGUAUCUUUAGUUGUCUGCCAACUGGCACGCCAUCUUUAUAUAAGUCCAUAUCAUAUGCUUUCUUAGAUUGUAACAAACUAAUACCAGUAAUAAUAUACAUUGUAUGUGAUUAAUAUUCUAUUUAAGGUAUAUGUCUUUUUCGAAUAUAUGAUAUAUAUUUGAACACAAGUAUUUGUAUAUCGACACAGUGUGUCACAGUUGUCUGUGACGAGUGAGCUUAGUCGAGUUGUUCAAUGGACAAUUUUUUGAAUUAUAAAUUUGUGAUUCGACCUAUGAUAGUAAUAUAAAUAUAAAUAUAUAUAAAUAUAUAAGUAUAAAAUGAAAUAUAUUUGUGUAUAGGAGGUAAAGCUUUAAUAGGUUGUGUUGUCUUUCAAAUUGUGUGUGACAAAAGCAGAGUUAACAAUGUUAUUCAGUCUUUGUGAUUAUCAACUUGUCUCUGUCUUGUUUAUUUGUAUUUUUGAAGCAAAUUUAUUUUCCAUUUGGUCUCUCAUCGAUGAAUGUUGUCGAAAUGUUUUAUUUUAUUUUUAAUUUUUUUUUUGUAAGUAGUUCUUCGAAGAUGUUUCUCUUGUCAUUUAUUCAUAAGGAGUUUGUAAAAUUUUUUAUAACGUCUCAUCAAAGAGGCCAGUAGUGAUUUAUUUAUUGUUCUUUAAUAAAGUAACUUGUGAUAAAAAGCAAUUAUUAAUAUAUUAUAUAUUGAUUAUUAAUUAUUAUUAUUUUGUAAAUUUAUUAUUGUUGAGUCAACUCUGCUGUUGUAUUAAAUGUACCAUUUUGUAUUUUUUACUUAAAGGAGAGGAGAGGAGAACACAAAGCAUUAUAUAUAUAUGUCCUGAUCUCACUAAUGCCAGUAUGAUCUGGUUUUAAUAAUAUAAAUAUUAUAUUAAUAUAAGUAUAUAUAUUUAAUGAGAUGCAGUAUUUGGGGAAGAGGGACCCCAUCGGGUUCUCCUCCGACCCAGAAUUACAACAUUGUAUUUCAUUUAUUGAUUGUCGAGAAACAAAGGUGUAUUAUAAGAAUGAUUGGCGAUUCGACACAAUUUUUUGUACUUUUUUGUUAUACGAUGGAAGAUGUUUUAAGUUGUAAAAUUUAAAACAUGGUGAAAAUAUCAAAUAUAAAAAAAAGCAAAACUUU